AUGGCGGCGCGGCUGCUCGCGGGCGGCUGCACCGAUUCGUAUGAGGCUGCGUGCGAGGCGCUCGUGCGCGCUCGCCAGGGGUCCAUCCUGCGCGCGCUGCGGCUGGCGCAACUCGAGGUUGCACGGCUGCUGCGGCGCGGCGUCGCGGAGGAGCCGCUGUCGCGCGAGGCGCUGCUCGCGCAUCCGGCCGUCGCGGCCCUGCACGGGACGCUGGCGAAGCUCGAUGGGCUCGAGGCGAACGGCUCGCUAUACGGCAUGUUCGCGGGCCGCUUCGACCGCGACGAAGGCGGGCUGGUGCUGGCGCAGCGCGCCGCCGCCGUCGCGCUGCAGUGGCAGCUCCGCGCGGCGGCGCUCGAGGCGCUCGUCUGCGAGGCGCAGCAGCCGGUGGACGGCGCCGCGGCAGCGCUCACGGCGCUGAGCGAGCUGCUCUCCUUGGGAGUCAGCAAAGGAGGCCAAGGGUGGGGCAACAUGGCGGCGCGGCUGCUCGCGGACGGCUGCCCCAAGGAGUACGCGGCCGCAGUCGAGAAGGUCCUGCACGCCCGCCAGUGCUCCAUCCUGCGCGCGCUGCGGCUUGCGCACGACGAGGUCGAGUCGCUGCUGCGGCGCGGCGUCGCGGAGCCGCUGUCGCACGAGGAGCUGCUCGCGCAUCCGGCGGUCGCGGCCCUGCACGGGACGCUGGCGAAGCUCGAUGGGCUCGAGGCGAGCGGCUCGCUAUACGGCAUGUUCGCGGGCCGCUUCGACCGCGACGAAGGCGGGCUGGUGCUGGCGCAGCGCGCCGCCGCCGUCGCGCUGCAGUGGCAGCUCCGCGCGGCGGCGCUCGAGGCGCUCGUCUGCGAGGCGCAGCAGCCGGUGGACGGCGCCGCGGCAGCGCUCACGGCGCUGCGCGAGCUGCUCUCCUUGGGCGGCAACAUGGCGGCGCGGCUGCUCGCGGACGGCUGCCCCAAGGAGUACGCGGCCGCAGUCGAGAAGGUCCUGCACGCCCGCCAGGGGUCCAUCCUGCGCGCGCUGCGGCUGGCGCACGACGAGGUCGAGUCGCUGCUGCGGCGCGGCGUCGCGGAGCCGCUGUCGCGCGAGGCGCUGCUCGCGCAUCCGGCGGUCACGGCACUGCACGGGACGCUGACCAAGCUCGACGACCUCGAGGCGAGCCGCUCGCUGUACGGCAUGUUUGCCGGGCGCGACGCUGCCCCCGCCGCCGAGGUGCCGUUCGAGGCGCCGUCUGAGGAGGACCCAGACGACGCGCAGCUGCAGCUCGAGCUCGAGCAGCUCGACGAGAUCGGGAUUGGCACCUGGAAUGGACCAGUCUGCCGCGAGCGGCUCCGGCUGGCUGUGCUCGCCGCGCGGCUCGAGGCGCUGCACGCCAACCCGGGCCGCUGGGCGCGGCUGCUCAAGCGGCUCUCGAGCGGCUACGCAAUGCGGCGUGGGCUCGACGAGGCCAAGAAGGAGCUCCAGCGGCGCAUCGCGUCGCACACGAGGAAGCGGACGACCACGCUCGACCCGGCGGCGCACGCGCACAUUUGCAAGACAAUGCUGGCGGAGCUCUCAGCGCCGAUGCGGCGCGAGUCGGAGGCGCCCUUCGACGGCGUCGAGCUGCUCGCCUGCCUCGAGAGCGGCGCGGCGUCGUCCGCCGCGGGCAAGGAGCUGCUGCUCAACCUCGCGCCGUUGCAGGCGGCGCUCGAGAAGAAGGGCAGCGUGCGCAAGCGCGUCGAGGCGGACCCCGACGUCGACGGGUCCGGUCUGGACCCGUCGCUCGACCGCUUCGUCGCAAAGCUCGCGGCCGCGCUGGCCGGCCACCUCGAGCUGGUGAUCAACGGCAAGGCGGUCGACCCGACCUACGUCGAGUUCUACCUGUCCAAGGACGGCGGCUCGACGGGCGCUCUCGCCGCCGUGCACCUCCUGGACGCUUCCGAGAAGUGUCCUGUAGGCGGCUGGCCGGCCAUCUUUGCGCUGCUCGACGCGCUCUGCCGCCUCCACGGCCGGCGCAUGCUGGUCUUCACGCGCUGGUACCCGGGCGGCAGCUUUACGCUCUGCAUCCAUGUGAUGGCGCCCGACUUCAAGUCGUCGACGCAGCUGCUGAUCGGCGCCGCCAUCGGCACCGACGGCAAGCCGUUGCCGCUGCCUUCGCUCGUCGCCUACACGGUCUGCACGCAGCUGUUCGGCUGCUCGCCGUACGCGCUCGCGGCGUGGCCGCGGAGGCGGCCACGCCGCCUCAUCUUCAUCGACGCGCCCGACUCGAUCGUCGGCUUCCGGCUCUCGCCUGUGCAGGCCUGCUACGUGACGCCGGUUGAGCGCAACGCGCUCGGCGAGGGCCCCGACGGCGAGGAGCGCGUGAACGGCGUCUCUUCACACCUCUCGCUGGGAGUAGGCGAGUGGUCCUUGGGCCAUCCGCACGUCGUUAUUGCGCUUCUUCACACGGCCACGGCCGAGCAGGGCGAGGACAGGCGCAUGCUCUCCCUCAUUGGCUACAUCCUCCACCGCGCCGGCGUCCAGUGCGUCGCAAUGCUCGGCGACCGCUUCUUCGAGUCGGCCCGCUUCCUGCAGUGGCACCAGGCGGAGACUGGCGGUGGCACUUGGUUUGACGAAUGGUCCAAGCAGCCGGCGGGCGCCAUUCGCAACGUGCGCGCGACCUUCGAGCACGACGCGCUCCACCCGCCGCUCCCCGGCGACGACGACGGCAGCGGGCUCACAGAGCUCGACGCGACAGCGCUGAUGCGGCGGCUGCAGCCCAAGCGCCACGGCAUCGCCGACCCGUCGCGGCCGCGGGAUCCCAAGUUUGAGGCGCGGCUCGACGCGGCGUCUAUACACAUCUCACAUUCCAAAAUUCAUUAA